UUAAAAUUUUCCGGCGAUCUCGAAGUUCUUCUGGCCUUCUCAGUCAUCUUCACAAAUGAAUUCAGUUCAACGUUUCUCGUUGACAACACGGCGUGGGAGAAGGCUAAGCACCACCAUCGAGUCAUGUGUACGCCAUUUCUGCAGAGGACACGACGAAGGAGACUGGUUUUACUCGCCGGAAUGGUGGGAUCCUCACGACGGCGGCCACACAGUUUCACGAGCUGUCUCUGUUAAUGGAAACGGCGUCGUUUCAGUCGUCGCUCAUCCUUCUUCUCUCCCUAGUAGAGAUUCAUGGGGAGAAACUGAGAGAUGGUUAGAGAAAAGGUAUAUGGAAGUAAUGACUAGAGAUGGAGAAGAGAAGAAUGAGAUGUUUAAGAUACUUGGAUAUCAAUGGCGAUCGCUUCGGUUUAACGAUGAUACUCGACAAAGCACUGUUAAAGUCAUGGCUGCUUACAGAACAUUGCAACCUAGUUCUGUUUUCUAUAUGCAACAACCACAUUGUCUUGCUGUUCCAUAUCUGAAGAGCAUGGUGUCAGUUGGAUUGACAUCUCUUACAGCUUCUAAAUUUGAUAUGAAGAGUGUAGCUAUUGGGGAGAAACAAAUGCACAUAUUAUGCAUCGGUCACGGUGGUGGAAGUUUACCGUUGUUUUUAGCUAAACACAUUCUUGGUGCUGUUGUUGACAUAGUUGAGCUUGACCCGCUCGUUAUCUCAGAGUCGGUUCGAGCAAUGGGGUUUCCUGCAUUCUCUGUCAUGACAGAAACCGGGAAACGUGCGUUACAAUCUCCGGAAGUUAUUGACCAAGUGAUGUGGAGAGGCAUCCAUGAGAGACUCUUUCUCUACGAAUCAAAAGCUGAGGAGUUCAUUCUCAAGAACCAAUGUAACACUUAUGACAUGAUCUUUAUGGAUGCUUAUGAUGGAGCUGACAUCUUUCCUCAUACUCUAUGGGAUUCUGGUUCGGUGUUUAUGAAAGCUCUGAGCAAAGUACUUCACCAUGAGCAUGGGACUAUGGUGGUGAAUCUUCACUCUGAUGCAGAUAUCUCUGACAUAGACAGAUCAAACGAAGGUGUGACAACGGGGAAGUAUGUUAGGAAGGUUGGUAGAGCUUAUAAAAAGGGUUUAAUGGAGAAUGAGAAGAAUGGGAUGGUGUUUGCUUGUGAUGUGCCAUGGCUAUGUAAUGUAUCUCUGGUGGUGAGUAGAGGGAUGAGCAAAGAAGGAAGACUUAAUGGUAAAGUCAUGAACAGUCUUAUGAAGACUUCACUAGAAGUUGACCAAAUCCUGCGUUUGCCUUUCUCUUGCUUGGAUUAUUUGAAAACUGGUCUUGCCAUUAUAUAACUUGAUCUCAGGAUUUGAGUUAUGUCUCUUAAUUAUGUUUUGUCCGUAGAAAAGAGAGAUAUGUAGCAAACACGAAAGACAAUAUGGUUUAGUUGUCUUGCAUUUGGGAUUGCAAUAGAAAUGUGUUGUGAUUCCA